AUGACGAAGGUGCUUGACGUGUCUCGCGAGACGUCACCGAGCGCCCCGCCCCAUACGGAGUCUAUCUAUCUACUGACCUCCACGAGUCUCUCCGAUGUUGAGUUCAAGGAUCCAGCAACGCAGUCGCAGGCCCUUGUUGGGCUGCCGCGGGUGCAGAGCGUCGACGCCGUGCACCGCUUCUGUGACACGUACGCCGAGGCACUGAGCCGCGUUCAGCACGUCCUCCUCCCUGGUGGCGUCUCUCCCCUCCAGUGCUGGCUCAUCAAGCAGUUCCUCGAACGCGUCCCGCAGGCGCGGCUGGUGUGCAACCGCUUUGGGCACGCACUGCUAACAAACGCCGUGUUUCAUGAUGGCGUGCGGCGCGCAGUGUUAGAGAACGCACCCAACACACCCUCGGAGCUGCUGCGCUUUGCAGAGCUUCCGGAGGAUCGCGUGUCGGCCGUGACGGACGGCGAUGCGGUGACAAUUAGCGUGACGAAUGCGGCGGCAGAGUCGUCCGCAUCGGUACCAGCGCGGGCGCUGCGUGUUGUGGCUGUCAAGAGCAAGGGACAGCAGCAACGACGCAGGGAGCACAACCAGACCCACCACCCAGCCCAUUUCACCAACGAGCUGCUCUUCUACUAUGAUGACAUCUUCAGCGCGCUUUUCGUGGGUCACACGCUGCACCGCUUGCCGUGGCUCUCCACAGUGCUCACAGAGGCCUCGCGCGAGCUUCUGCUGCCCAUGCCGCCUCCACUCGCCAUGCAACACCCGCUCAGCCGACCCAGCCCGCUGCUGGACACAUGGCGGGUGUCAGAGAGCUGUGAGGACGUGGUUGAGGCGCUGCGCCGUACGCCAGAGCUGGAGCGCGUCCUUGCAAGCUCCUACGGUGAGCUCUGCGGCAGCGUGGAGGACUGCAUCGCAGGUCUGGAGAGCAGUAGCGAUGCUCUCGAGCGUCUGCGCAGUCGGCUUGCGCGGCGACUCGCCACUGACACGAGUCGUGAUGUGCAUCGUUGGUCUACAGCGCUUCUGAAGCGCAUUCUGCAAGAGGUGGUGUGUACGCAGAAGGCAAGCGAGCCGUCGAGCACGGAGAUGCAGGAGGCGUUCCUCUGCUGGGCACGAACAGAAGGAGAGUGGGGGCGUCUCGCCACGUGCCUCACCCACGCCGCAAUGGUGCUCCCACCUUCAACGGACACGGAGGAGGCCGCCGGCGCCUCUUCAUCUGCUACUGACACCGGCGCUGCGCCUUUUAGUGUAUCCGGGGCUGGAGAGUCUGGCGUGCCGGAGUCGCUGGAGGGUGCACAUGGCGUGGAGCUGCUAGUGGCGGUGUUCAACCGAAAGGGGUUGCACGGACUCACUCGCACGGUGCAGCGCGAGACGAUCGAUGUGCGGGUGUUCCUGGCCAUGUCGGAGGAGGACUUGAAGAGGGUAUUCAAGGCAACUUUUGGUAUCACUAAGCGACUUGGGUUGUUGCAAGAGGAGUUACGAAGGAGCUUGUAG